CUCCCUUGUUUGCUUAGUACUUUCUUCGAGCGUGUGUGUGUGCGCGUGCGAGUGUUGCAGAACCCUGAGGCUGGGUUCUGGAAGAGGGCUCUUCAGAUUUCGUGAUCCUCCCCUUCGACACUCUAGUUGCUGCUCUCUCGCUAUGCCACACUGUGUGCUUAUUCGAAAACGUGCCUUUGCGGAGUCAAGGACACACGAUCCCACUGUCUUUUCUCUUCGUUGUCGAGUUGGUCUCAAGCUUUGCGAAGGAACGGGGAGCGGUCUCGGCUGAAUGAUCAGUUGUAGACGAGUUUGUCAUAGUUCAUAGGAACUGGGAGAUCUGGUCUGAGAUUGUCUCCCCAUUCUGCUGUGAGUUGCGGUUGCGUGCUUCUGUGUUUGGGGGUAUGUUUCGUGCUCGCGUACCCGUCGCUUUGUAUUUUGUUUAGAGGCGGGAUUCCGUUGUGCGCUAGUGCGGUGCCAUGGACACGGAAUUCGAGUCUGUCGAUUUAGUACUGAGAGGCACGGAAAACUUUUCCCUCUGGUUGCCCGGAGCUAUUUACCCGGAAUUCGAUCAAGACCACGAAGAGGUCCAUCGAUUCCGCGCAAUAGAGGCCCAAACUGUUCCUCUUUUGCUAGGCGUCGACAUGGAGAUUCCACCUUUUAUAUCAGCCGAACAUUAUAUCGAAUGGAUACAAGGAAAUCUCGACCCUUUCAUGCAGGUGCCUAACAGGACCUUCGCUUAUAAGCUUUUGGUCAAGCUUGCUGAUGAACUGAAUGUCUAUUCACCAGGUCAUGAUUCUCCUCUGGCUCGCACCGUCGAGGAUUCUGUGUGGUUAAGAGAGCUGGCUAGCGAAAUGACUUACAUUUUGGAGAACAAUCGUCGCGAAGUCACUGAUCUCCGCGUGUACGUGAAGACUACAUGGCCAUACUCUCACGCGUUACGAGCAUUAGCCGUAAGGGUCGCGGAGCAGCCCAUUCUAGAUUUUUCUUCCAACAUAUUCAUGAAGGCGGACAUGCCGGUGAACAGAGGCCGUAAAGACUACAUUGAUUGGAUGGAGCGGAUGCGGGCUCCGAUUUGGGAGAUAUUAAGGCCGGGCAGUGUAUUUCGGCUCCCCAAUCCACUAUCCAGGGUGUUGCGGAAGCUGGCCGAAGAUUUGGAAUGUCUUCCUCCGAGGAACGAGCUUCCCCUGAAUCUGAACGACCGGGACAGGUGCUGGGAUCAACUCUUGAACGAUUUGAAGACGACAGAUUCUUCCACCAACCCAGCAAUUCGUUUCGGUGGUGUCUACGUCUCGCAUGCAUCACCAUACCAGGAUUUUCUGAGAAAUUUGGCAGACGAGCUGAGCGCCAAAGAAAUGUGAUCCUAGCAGCACCAUUGAAAUGGCUUUGGAAGACAAUGAGGCCCAAAAUUGCAACUCCUCGUUUAAGGCUUGGUUCUAGACUUUUGUUUCUGUGACGUUCUGUUUUGGCUUUUACAGGUUUGUUUAAAAUAAAACUGAGGUCAGAACUGAGUUCUAGAAUAUACACCGUUUCGUGUGAAAAAAAAAAGGAAAAAAAAGCUCUGUUGUAGAAUUAACAAUGACAUAGAAGAGUUAUAGAAAUGUCAUUGGGUGUGGGGUAGUGUAUACGAGAUCUGCUAGAGUUCUCUGCUUGAUGUAUUCCAGUAUGGGGGAGUGUGAUCUCUUGUCAGGAGGAGGAAAGGAAAGGAAAGGGAAAAGGAAACAUAUGUGGAAUAGUUUUGACGAGGUAAGUUACGUGCUUGUGUUACUGUUGUUGAUUGUUGAGAGAGGUAUAGUCAUGGUAUCUUCAACUAUGUAACUUCUGUUUUAUAUGUUAUGUUUUUUUGGGUUUGUGUAAUAAAGAAGUAUUAUUAUUGUUGUGGUACAA